AUGGAUCCCAGUACCUAUGUUAAUAUGCAAUUUGCACCGGAGAAAAGUGGUACUGAAGUAGGUGGGGAGUUUGAAAAAUAUAGGACAAUUCAAUAUUAUUAGAAAGCCAACAUUUAGAAUCUUAAAAUUUAGCGAGCCAGAGCGUGAAUAGCGGUGCACCAUUAUACUUCGCACCAUCAUCAGUGUGCCACCCAUUACCUAUAGUUAGUGUAUCAAUGGCAGUGUGCCUGCCGGAAGACACUGCUGAGCACACGCCAUCUUCGACUGCCCAUAUUGGGAACCUUUCCGAUAGGCCUUCAUAUAUCGGUGGUAGGAACGUUGUUCUUAGUGACGUCCGAGAUCUACUCUGCGGCCCUAAGGACAUUCCGUCCCAGGACUUGGACCGUGCUAGACAUGAUCAAAUCGUGGCCGCUUCUUCUCGUGACACCCAGUACUACUACUGCAUGUUAGACGACAUACUGUGUCGCAAGGAGCAGGAUAAGAGGAUAAGGGAGGCGGAAGCAAGGGUCAACCAGUCGCCAUAUGACCACCACGUCUAAACGGCCCAGUUAGUCCGACUCCCUCUUCCACUAUGGUCCACUCCGACGGGGACCUCGAUGCUAGCGCAGGGUUGUGUAUAGGGUAUAGGUUAAUUUAUCAUUGAUUUUAACAUCACUCGUUGUAUUUUCUUUAAUGAACGACGGUAACAG